AUGGAAGAAAUCACUGUUUUAUAUGUUUCCUUGGCUCUUCUUUGUAUUAUAACGUAUUUUCUCAAGUCGGAAGGACGACGGCUGAGCCACAUUCCAACUGUCGGAGGAUCUUCCUUACCUCUGUUAUCAUUUAUCGGCGCGUUCAGAACAUUCCUCGAUUCCAAAGAUGUGUUGCAAGAGGGCUAUUCCAGGUACAAAGGGGGUGUUUUCAAGAUUGCUGAGCUUCAUUGCUGGACUGUCGUUGUGACCGGGUCGGAGCUGGUGGAAGAAUUGCGCAAGGUGCCAGACAGCAUUUUAUCAUUUCCUGUCGCUCUCCAAGAAUUUAUCCAAGAAGAAUAUACCAUAGGGCGGGAGUUGAUGUCCAGCGCAUAUCAUACCCCGCUUCUCAUCACUCGAAUUGCUCGCUAUCUCACAGAACUCUUCCCGGACAUCCACGAUGAAGUUGUCACGGCUUUUAAUGACGAACUUGGUCUCACAAGAGAGGGUCAAUGGACACCGAUUCCAGCAAACAAGAUGUUGACAGAAGUGGUCUGUCGGGUGACGAAUCGUCUGUUCGUUGGAGUGCCACUAUGUAUAUUUCUUCCCUUAUAUCUACUUCGGGCGAUCAUGCUAAAUUCGACGUUUCUCCACCGUCUCCUCCACAACUUUGACUUGAUAGGCAGAAAUAGAGACUUUUGCGAAUUGAACAAGACAUUCAGUAAUGACCUGAUGGUGGGCGCCACGAGUAUCAGGAUGUUUCCAGAAUUUCUCAAACCGCUUGCCGCACGUCUACUUUUGAGCGUUUCCAAGAGUGUUGCCCGCGGUCGUGAACUCCUCAAUCCGAUACUGAACGAGAGGCUACGACUCGCGAAUGAAUCGGGCGACGAUUGGACCAAUCGACCUAACGAUCUCCUGCAAUGGCUCAUCGAUGCAAAACCUUCAGACGUGCCACCUACUACGGUGCCCCUUCGUGUCCUCCUGCUGAAUGCCCCAGCCAUUCAUACCUCUUCCAUGACCCUCACGCUUGCGCUGUACUAUCUUGCUGUGCACCCUGAGUAUUCUGAGGUGUUGUGGGAAGAAGUCAGAACGGUAGCGCAGGCGCAUGGAUGGACCAAAGAUGCCGUAGAUCGCUUGGACAAGAUGGACAGUUUCCUGAAGGAACUCAUGCGAUUCGAAAGUCUCAGUGCUCACCACACGCUUUCGAACGGGACCUUCAUCCCGGCGGGGACACGCCUCAUGACUGCUGCCAGAGCGGUACACUAUGACGAGAAUAUUUAUGCAGAUCCGGAUGUGUUCAAUCCGUGGCGGUUCUCCAACAUGCAGAACGCCGGCGAGACGGCUAAGUUUGUCCACACAAGCGCGGAAUACUUGGCGUUCGUGCACGGGCGACAUGCAUGUCCUGGCCGGUUCUUCGCGUCAACAGAGCUGAAGGAAGUGCUUUCGCAUCUCGUAGUGAAUUACGACAUGAAGAUGGAGAAGGAAGCAGCUGUCCCUCCUUCAUCUUUCGUCAGCCAUUCGUUAAUCCCUGACUUAAAGGCUAAUGUUAUGUUCCGGAGGAGAGGACGGAAUGUUGGCUAG